AUGUUUAGAAACAUAAGUAAACCUGCAUUCGCUUUUAAUGUUGUAUCAGUUGUAGUUAUAAUAUACUUAUUAACAAGUUAUAGGAAAAAAAGUCAUAUACUUGAUAAAUUAUAUGAUUUGAAGAAUUGGUUAUUUAAUGGACCUUUUUCUUUUUACAAAAAAUAUAUAAAAAUAAAAUUACCUCCUAUAGAUAAAAAUAUAACUAUAAAUAUCAGUGAUGAAGAAUUAGAAGAAAAAUUUUCUCAAACAUGUAACGCUGUUAAAAUAUACAGAAAUAAAUUGAAAUUUGAAGAAUGGAUAUAUUUAUAUGGUUUGUAUAAACAAAUUACUAAUGGUAAUAUAAAAUUAAAUAAUGAUGAAGAAAUUGAAUGUAAUGAUUAUAAUAAUAAUGAAAAUAAUAAUAAUAAAAAAAAAAAUGAUUUGAAACUAAGUAAAAAUGAUUAUAUAGAAAAUGAAAAAAUAAAUUCAUGGAAAAAUUGUUAUGAUGUAGAUAAAAAGGUAUGUAAAUUUUUAUAUGUAGAAUUUUUUAACAAAUUAUUUCCUAAUGCUAUUGAAAAUUUAAACAGUAAUUUAUCAUUCGAGUUUUCAAAGAGUAUAAGUAAAAUGAAGUCAUUAAAAGAAAAUAACUAUACUGAAGAUAACACUGAUAAUAACUUAUGUGAUUUGUUAUGUCAUAAUGUUGUAUUUUCAAAUAUAGAAUAUGUAAAAAAAAUAUUAGAUAGUCAUCCACAUUUAAUAAGUCAAAAAAAUUCAGAUGGUUUAACUGCUUUACACUACGCCUGUGAUAGAGGUCAUUUAGAAAUUGCUAAACUUCUAGUAGAGAGAGGUGCUGACAUAAAUAUGGAAGAUUCUUAUGGUGAUACAGCAUUACAUAUUGCAGCUUAUUCAGAUAAAAAAGAAAUAAUUGAUUAUUUGACAAGUGUUGGUGCUGAUAUAGAUAAAAAAAAUUCAGAUGGCCUAACAGUUGGUUCUAUAUUAAAUCAAAAAUAA